ACUUCUCACUUUGUAGUUUUGCAGUGGGUUCUUCUUGAAUCCAUAUUCUGCUUCCUUAUUAUCAGGUGAAGUUUAACCAUGUCUGAACCUGAGCCUAGUGGUGGGCAUGGGGGUCUCGAGAGGUUAUCAAGCACCAGAUCGGUGCUCAGUAUGAGCUCUUUGUCCUCAGACAUGCUUGUGACUAUGAGUACUGCCAACUGUGAGAUGGCUUUACUGCCACUUAAACUACUGCUGGAGCUGCAGUCUCCGUACCUGACGAUGGAGGAUGACACCCUUACUUCUAUCAAUCACAACGGAGGCUACAACAUAAUCAGCGAUGAAUCUGUCCACAUAAAUGGCCGGCCGUGCAGAAUCAGCAACUACAUCGAAAGGAACGUCACCCUCAAAAGCCAUUAUGACUACAAAGAUUACAGAGAAACUAUUCUUGCAAAGCCAAUGCUGUUCAUUACUAACGCAAAGAAAAUCAACAGCGACGCAGUAAAUACCUUUGCCUUUAUUGUAAAUACACGUCAUCCAAAAAUGAAAGCUCAGAUUGAAGGUGCUAUGAAUGAUGUCAUAUCUUCAGUUAUGGGAGAAAACUACCAGUUACAGUUUGAUUUCCAAAAUGUUGUCAGAGAUCAUCUCUUGAAAGAGAGGUUUGAGUUACCAGACAAGAGCCUCAGCUUUUUAUAUACAUUCAAAGCGGAUGUAUUUAUUGAUUUAUUUUAUCUACUUGGCCUGAGUAAAAAGACGUGCAACGUAAAUGGGAUUGUCCUUAAUCUGAACUGCACAACACCUGCAAAGAAAGAAAAGGUCAAGAGGUUCCUGUCAAACAUGUCCAACCUCCUCAUCCGAAUGGGAAGCAGUGCUGACCGUAGGUUCAGUGCAUUUUCUUUAGAUGUAAUCUCUGAAGAUCCAUUUCCGCCACCUGAGGGUCAUCAUGAAGAGUUCUCGCAAGAAAUUCCUUUAACGCCAUAAAGGCGUAAAGCCUUAAAGUAUUAUAUAUGAAGUCUUUGUACACUUUGUAACAUUGUACACACUGAUUUAGUAAAGAAGCCAUCUUUUUGUACAGGGAAAAACAGUUAUGUCUCAACAGUGCUACUGUAACAAGUCAAAAUUGUAAUAUAUGUAUAGUUGGUAUGGUCACCCGCACUUUACUUACUUGUUAUCAUACCUGGUAAGUCUCUGGGUUAGACCCGGAGUCUUGGAUCAGUUUCUUCUUUCUCUGGGCAGGGACCACUCACAUUUUGCCUACUCCCACCCACUUCUCCUGAUCCCAGUGGCUCUCACCCCAUUGUGUGUUUAGCCUCACUCUCGCAUAGAGUUAGCCCCACCCAUACAGAACGCCACUCCCCCAGAAGAUGGUGAGC